AGGAAUACGAAAUGAUGGUGAGAGGCAGAAUCGACCGGGGGGAACUUUUAUCUGUUCUUAAAGGGAAAGGUAGUAAAACGGAUAAGCUUCGGUUUGCUAUCAUGUUCCUUAAUUCAACAGAAACCAUCCCUCAGAUAGAAAUCAAAAUGGUUGAAUCCUCUUUGAGAGAAGCGGAGGUGAACACCAGAAGCAACAUUGUGGAUUGGGCUGAGAAGCUUUAUGGGCAGUCUAUCAGUGCUGUGACUACAGGUGUUAAGAAUCUGUUAUCGGGUGAUCAUCAGUUGGCAAUGGCGACAACGAUUGAAGCUUUGAUGGAAGGAAAAUCGAAUAAUCCGGAGACUGAGUCUUACUUGGUGUUGGACCCACAUACACCGAAAUCGAGUUCUGGUCAAAUGAAAGGGCCUUUUAAAGAAGCAAUUGUGUUCAGGAUUGGUGGUGGGAAUUAUUUUGAAUAUGGAAGCUUCUAGGAGCUUGCAUGGAGGCAGCAGCAACCAACUUCUUCUGCUAAACAUAUCAUAUACGGGACAACUGAGAUUCUUACUGGUGCUGAGUUUAUUGAUCAACUUGCUGUCUUGGGGCAAAAGAUGGGUUUGGGUAGAAGUAGCACCACUCCUUCUGCUUCUGCUCCUGCUCCUGCCUAA